GUAUGUAAAAUCUAGAAUUAAAUUUUAUGGUAUCAUUGAUUUAAUAGGCUUUGUAUUUGGAAAAAAAAUAUUAACAGCAUUUUUAUUUAGCCUUCACAAAAUAAAAAUGUUUAGGCAUCUAAGUGAAAUCAUUCUAAAUGCUAUUUCAGAUUCAGACAAGGGUGCUGGAGACACUUCAGAUCCUUAUAAGGACAUCUCCCAAUCAAGGGCAGCAGAUCCAACUCAACCUGUGCUGAGGAUGUUUCCCAAGACCACACAAGGUCAGAAAAGAAGGGCAUUCAACCCGCAGUGGUACAGCAAGUAUUCUUGGUUAGAGUACUCUGUUAGCAAAGAUUCAGCUUACUGUUAUGCAUGUAGACAUUUCUCACUCCUUUCAGCGUCAGAAUCAGUAUUCACAUCCCAGGCAGGUUUUUCACAUUGGAAGAAAGCGCUGUAUAAAGAUGGAGGCCUUACAUUGCAUGACCGGUCUGACAGUCACGUUAAUGCAAUGUUUGCUUGGCGAGAAUAUAAGAAUCGUAUGCUGUCUGAUUCUGGGUUAAUGGAUUUAAUUGAUCAAGAGUACAAAAGAAAAGUUGAGGAGAACAGGAGAUACAUAAAAACAAUUGCAGAGGUUCUGUUGUUAACAGCAACUCAGAAGCAGGCUCAGAGGGGCCACCGGGAGUCAGAGGACUCUGACAAUAGGGGGAAUUUCAUAGAAACUCUAACUGUGAUUGCUAAUCAUGAUGCCCUUAUAAGUGAGAAAAUUAGGGAAAAGGGGAAUGCAAAGUACACAUCUGGAACCAUACAGAAUGAAAUUCUGGAGUGUCUUGCAAACAUGGUGAGGGAUGACAUUGUAAAGGAAGUGAAGGAGAGUGAGGUUUUCUCAGUAAUUGCAGAUGAAAGCAAAGACCUCCAGAAAAAGGAGCAGCUGUCGUUGGUAGUGAGGUAUUACUACAGUGGGGCUAUACAUGAAAGUUUCCUUGACUUUCAGCAUGCUCAAGAUUUGGAUGCUAAGGGACUUAGUGAUAAAAUCAUACAAUGCCUCGAAAAAUAUGGGCUCAAUUACAAGGAGAACCUGAUUGGGCAAGGCUAUGAUGGAGCAGCUGUGAUGAGUGGGAAACACUCGGGUGAGGCAGCCAGAAUUCAGGCAGAGGCUAAACAGGCAUUUUAUGUCCACUGUAAUGCCCACUGCCUGAAUCUAGUCUUAGUGGACACGGUGAAGUCAGUGGCAGAGGUAGAUUGUUUCUUCACCCUCCUCCAAAGACUCUAUGUGUAUAUGACCGGGUCCUAUGUACAUCAAAAAUGGAUGGAGGUUCAAAAAGAUAUGUAUGGUGGCCAAUGCAGAGAGUUGCAAAAACUGAGUGAUACACGAUGGGCGUGUAGAGCGGUGGCUUGCAGGAACUUAUUGGAUAGAUUACCAGCCGUCCUGCAUGUUCUUGAGCAGAUCAGUUCAGAGGACAAUGGGGACAGAUCUGUUGAUGCUCGAGGUUUAUUAGCACAGAUUGACCUUACAUUCAUAGCCUUACUGACAACUUUCCAAAAACUCCUUGGAACCACAAAGCGACUCUCUGACCUGCUACAGGCCCCCUCACUUGACUUAGCCAUAGCAGUUGAUUUGAUUGGAUCACUUCAUGCUACAUUUCAGGAGUACAGGAACGAGACAUUUGCACAUGAUUUGUGGCAAGAAAUAUCUGAUACAGCCAAGCUGUGUAAUGUAGCAGUUGAAAAUGUCAAAAAAAAAGAGACAACAGAGAGUGAGCUCAAAACUGGGCAGCGCUACUCUCCAGCCUUCCGUGCUAGCGAUCACCGAUCGGCGUCACUCUUCUUCUUCGCCGCGCCGCAGCGCGCCACCAGUUCCCCGCCGAAUUCCACUCCAAGUGGAAUUCGUCCAGGAGGCUCCUUGGAUAGUUUUUGUUAA